AUGUUUCGCCUAUUAAAGACUACAUUAUCCCUCAGCUUCAUACUAGUGCUGGCAUUGAUACAUCUGCCGGAUGUGCUCUCUUCACCACUGGAAUCAUCAGCUCGCUAUGAGUCGCGAAGCGCCAAUGCAGUUAAACACAUCGAGGAGGGCAAGCUCGGAGCAGUGGCAAGCGAGAGUGCUAUCUGCAGUCGUCAUGGAACGGAGAUGUUGAAAAUAGGCGGAAAUGCCGCCGAUGCUCUUGUUGCAACGAUAUUCUGCGUAGGAGUUGUUGGAAUGUACCAUAGUGGAAUCGCUGGAGGAGGGUUCACGUUGGUGAGGGCUCCUAACGGUUCGUACGAAUUCAUCGAUUUCCGCGAAACCGCGCCUGCAGCUGCGUUCGAGGAGAUGUUCAAGAACAACACCGGCGGAUCCACCACUGGAGGCUUAGCAAGUGGCGUUCCUGGUGAGGUGCGAGGCCUGGAGUACCUUCAUAAGAAAUAUGGUUCUCUUCCAUGGUCAACCGUCAUGCAACCUGCCAUCCAGACGGCCCGUCAAGGUUUCCCAGUUGGUCGUGAUCUCGUUCGUUAUAUGAACUCAGCCGUCGGGGGUGGAGAAGACUUCCUAUCUAAGAAUCCAACAUGGGCUAUUGACUUUGCUCCUAAUGGAACCCGUCUCGGUCUUGGGGAUACCAUCACCCGUAAACGCUACGCAGACACGCUGGAGACGAUUGCCAACAACGGCCCGGAUGCGUUCUAUACCGGCCCAAUUGCGGAAACCAUGAUACAGGCACUGCAGGCUGCCAACGGCACAAUGACGUUGGAAGACCUGCGUAACUACACCAUUGCUAUCCGAGACAUCUCGCAGAUUGACUACCGAGGGUAUAAAGUUACUGGAACAACCGCCCCCUCCAGCGGCACUGUCGCCUUGAACAUUCUUAAGGUUUUGGAUACUUACGACAGCUUCAUGGUACCCGACAACGUGAAUCUUAGCACGCAUCGUCUGGAUGAAGCUAUACGUUUCGGAUAUGGACUGAGAGCCGAACUGGGAGAUCCGUCCUUUCUUGAAGGUUUAGAUGAAUAUCAGAAAGGUAUGCUGGCACAGUCGACGGUUGAUGAGAUCCGUGGGAAGAUCUCCGACCUGCACACACAGAAUGUGUCUGCCUAUGAUCCUAAAGGCCUUGAGAGUCUUGAUACCCCUGGAACGUCUCAUAUCGCUGCUGUUGAUCAUACUGGACUUACGAUUUCCACUAUCACAACCAUCAACUUGCUUUUCGGCAGCAAGCUCAUGGUGCCAGAGACGGGAAUCAUUAUGAACAAUGAAAUGGAUGACUUCUCAACGCCCGGCUCGUCCAACGCUUUUGGAUACGUCCCUUCGGAGGCGAACUUCAUCCGACCCGGAAAGCGACCUCUGUCAUCUAUUACACCAACCAUUGUGACACAUAAGAAUGGAUCGGUCUUCUUUGUUGCGGGCUCGGCUGGCGGUAGUCGAAUCAUUACAGCGACUGUACAGAAUAUCAUCCACGCUGUCAAAUUCGAAUAUUCCUACAAUAAUGAGACAGUGGCUUUCAUGAAAUCUCUAGGCCACAAUGUGACAUGGGUUGCCCCAGGAGACAGCACUGCGCAGGCAAUCCGGGUAUUGCCGAACGGAACAUUCGAUGCCGCUGGCGAGCCUAGGCAACUUGACUCUGGCGGUUUCGCUGUCUGA